AUGAAGCUCAGUCUCUGCUCCCUCCUGCUCUCGGCAGUUUCGAGCUUGGUGCUCGCGCUGCCCACGGAAAAGAACUUUGUGUACGAUGCCGUCAUCGUCGGAGGCGGGCCGGCAGGACUCUCCAUCGCCAGCGCCCUUGGCCGUGUGCGCCGCAACGCCCUCGUCAUUGAUUCGGGAGAGUACCGCAAUGCGCCUACGAGGCACAUGCACGACGUCCUCGGGUUUGAUGGCGUCACCCCGGCAUGGUACCGCUACUCUGCCCGCAAGCAGAUCGCGGCCUACAAAACCAUCACCUUCAGCAAUGGAACCGUGACCAAGAUCGAUGGCAACGACCAGGAAAAUUUUGUGGUCACCGCUACCAGCUUCGACAACUCGACUCUCGCCGUCCGGGCACGCAAGGUCGUCCUCGCAACCGGUCUGAAGGACAACCUGCCCGAAACUCCUGGCAUUUGGGAGAACUGGGGGAAGGGCAUCUACUGGUGCCCCUGGUGCGACGGCCACGAGCACGCCGACCAACCCCUGGGCCUCCUGGCCAAGGACUUCUCCGACCUCCCGUCGCUUGCACGCGAGGUGCUGACGCUCAACCCUGACCUGGUCGCCUUCGCCAACGGCACCGACACGCCCGAGGCGCGCGCCAAGACAGAGGCCAAGAACCCCAAGUUCCAGACGUACCUGGACCUGCACAAGGUCAAGAUCGAGAACCGGACGAUCGCGCGGAUCACGCGGCUCAAGGACGGCGGCGAACCGCCCAAGGACCCAUCGCUGGCCACGGCUCCCGAGUACGACCUGUUCUCGGUCGAGUUCACCGAGGGCGAGCCGGUGCAGCGCGCGGGCUUCCUGCUGUCGUACCCGGAGGAGCAGCGCAGCAAGGUCGGGCAGGAGGCCGGCGUGCAGAUCUGGGGCAACAAGCUGGCCGUCGACGCCUCCAAGGGCUACCUCACCAACGUGCCGGGCAUCUACGCCAUCGGCGACGCCAACUCGGACAACAGCACAAACGUGCCGCAUGCCCUCUACACCGGCAAGCGCGCCGCCGUGUUCAUGCACGUCAAGCUGGCCAAGGAGGAGCAGGCCAAGGAGACGGGCGUCGACGUCGGCCUGCUCAAGAGGGACGUCGAGCUCGAGGCCCGCUCGCUCUGGGACCACGUCAACGGCCAGCCGGGCGACAUUCUCUACGCUGGAGAGUACGACCAGUAA